AAAUCACACGCAGCCAUCAGCUGUUGGCUGCAUUUAGUUUUUUUUUUUCCAUCAGCAAAGGAAAACAAAUUAUUGGAUUAGUUUUAUUAAACUAACUAACCCCAAAUAUGGACUUGUUCGUGCUAAUAGCGCUGAUGUGCCUGAUCAACACAAUCCUUCCAGACUUCGUUCGCAACUACAUUAAAAUAUCCCGGUUUUGGAAAGGACCCAAAGUAAAGCCAGAGGAUCAAGCAGAGCUGCAAGCAGCCCGCGAAGAGCUUAUUCAAGUACAAAAUGCAGAGCAUUCCGGGGAAUAUGCAAGGAAAAUCAAGACCAUGCGUGCCGAGCGCAAAGUCGCCGAUGCUGAGAGCAAAAUAUUGAUGGCCAACCAAAUGGUGAAGCUUAAGCAGUCAACUAUUGAUACAGUGGCGUACUAUGUGACGAAGGUUGUCUUCUCGCUGAUCGUCAUCAUUGUGUGUGCCCGCCAUCGAUACUCAGCUGUGAUGAUCUUCGACGAUAGUUUUAGUCUGCAGCCGCUGACCGGACUGCUCAGCUUUCCCACUGGCAUUUACAACGCGAUUUCUGUGCCCACCUGGGCCUUUUCAUGCAAUUUCACAUUUCGACUGUUGUACGAUCUGGUAAAAAACUAAGGUGUCACAAAUUGAAUUGUAAUUUUGUAAUUUAUUGCAAUAAGAUUUAAUUGUAAAAAGUGCUCGAUGUAGUUUACAUAGCUUUAUCACCGUU